CGUUGGCCACUGGGUGUCCGCCGAUCAGUCGCUUGGAGGGAAUCGCGGGGCUUGGAAUACAAAGUUACAGAGCGGCCGGGCGGAGAUACAUUGUGUCCGGAGAGAGGAUUCACUGAGCGUCGGAUCGGUGCUAUUGGGAAGGCCGCUUCCUCCCCGCUCAGGUUCUAUGGGAACAGCCCCAGCCCCGGCUCCGGCCCGGGAUCCCGUUCCAAGCCCGGCGAGCUGCACCCUGAGCCCGGCUACCGAGCAGCGCUUCAGUGGCAGGGACAUUCGGACCUCAGCACCUCACCUCGCGGAGGAGACCCGACCCGCACUCGCCCCAUUUGGUGGGACCGCGACCCUCAACUCCACCACCGCCCGCUCCCAAUCCCCGUUCGGGACCGCGACCCCCCCCCCCCCCCCAACACACACACACACACACACACACACACACACCAACAGUCCCCGAGGGACGGCGCGUCCACCGGCAUCUCUUGCCCCACCCUCCCCAGAACCUGCUGUUCAGUCCUCCAUCCACCACCUCCUGUCGUGCCCAGUCCCCGCAUCCUCCCAAUCCGUCCGCGGAACACCCCGCCGCCCCAGGUAGCACCUGGGACACUUCGCCCCUAGCACCCUCGUACCACCGCCCCGCACCACCACCCUGAGUCUCGUUUCUCCUCCUCUCUGAGUCUUGUUUCCUUCCCCAGUCCCUACACGUUUUUUCCCUCUUCCCCAUUGUCUUGUGGACUUGUUUUCCUCCCCCCCCCUUCUCACCCUGCCCCCUCCCCUGUCAUUUCUAGAAUUAAUUUCCCAGGAACUUGAACGCUUUUCUCCAUCCCUACCCCGUCACUUCAUCCUUACUUUCCACCUCAUCCCUUUGCUGGUCCUUUCUCGGAAUACGUCCCUGCGCCUCCGUCUCCCAGUCCCAGCAGGAUGGAGGAGUGGCGCCAGUGUGGGCGCUGGCUCAUUGACUGCAAGGUGCUGCCCCCCAAUCACCGUGUGGUGUGGCCGGCAGCCCAGGUCUUUGACCUGGCACAGGCGCUGAGAGAUGGAGUGCUGCUCUGUCAGCUUCUGCACAACCUGAGCCCUGGGUCCAUUGAUCUCAAGGACAUCAACUUCAGACCACAGAUGUCCCAGUUUUUGUGCCUGAAGAACAUCAGAACGUUCCUGAAAGUUUGUCAUGACAAAUUUGGACUGAGGAACAGUGAGCUCUUUGACCCGUUCGACCUGUUUGAUGUGAGGGACUUUGGGAAGGUUAUCUCAGCCAUUUCCAGAAUUUCCCAUCAUACUGUUGUCCAGAGCAAAGGCAUCAGGCCCUUCCCCACGGAGGAGACGGCAGUGGAUGACGAUGAUGUCUAUCGCAGCCUGGAGGAGCUGGCCGACGAGCACGACCUGGGAGAGGAAAUUUACGACUGUGUUCCAUGUGACGAUGAUGGUGACGAUAUUUACGAGGACAUCAUCAAGGUGGAAGUCCGGCAACCGAUGAAGCUGGGAAUGACAGAGGAUGACAAGAGGAACUGCUGCCUUCUGGAGAUCCAAGAAACUGAGGCCAAGUAUUACAAAACACUUGAGGACAUUGAGAAGAAUUACAUGAUCCCAUUAAAGGCUGUCCUGAAUCCCCAGGAAAUGGAAGCUAUCUUCAUUAAUCUGGAGGAAUUAAUCCGAGUACAUUACAGUUUAUUGAGAGCCAUCGAUCUGGCUGCAAUCUCGGGAGGCAACACACUCUAUAAAGUCUUCCUGGAUUUCAAAGAGCGGCUCUUGAUUUAUGGCAAGUACUGCAGCCAAAUGGAAACUUCACAAAAGACCUUGGACCAACUCAUGGCAUCUCGAGAAGAAAUCCGAAACAAAAUUGAGGAGUGUACCCUGAAAGUUCAGGAAGGGAAGUUUAAACUGCAGGAUCUGCUGGUGGUCCCCAUGCAGCGCAUUUUAAAGUAUCAUCUCCUGCUGAAGGAGCUGCUGAGCCAUUCCAAUGAUCGCCCUGAGAAACAGCAACUGAAGGAGGCCCUGGAGGCGAUGCAGGAUCUGGCCAUGUAUAUCAAUGAAGUUAAAAGAGAUAACGAGACACUGAAGAAGAUCUCUGAAUUCCAGUGUUCCAUUGAGAACCUCCAAACGUCACUGGCAAAUUACGGGAGACCAAAGAUUGAUGGUGAAUUGAAGGUCUGUUCCACAGUUAACAGAACAAAACAGGAUCGGUACCUGUUCCUCUUUGAUAAGGCGGUGAUUGUAUGUAAGCGGAAAGGUUACAACUAUGAACUGAAAGAGACGAUUGAUCUACAGACUCAUAAAAUGACUGAUGACCCCAUGAAUAACAAGGAUUUGAGAAAGUGGUCCUACGCAUUUUAUUUGAUUCACCUUCAGGGCAAACAAGGGUUCCAGCUGUUCUGUAAAACAGAGGAUAUGAAGAGGAAGUGGAUGGAACAGUUUGAAAUGGCACUAUCAAAUAUUAAACCUGAGAAAGCGACAGCAAAUUAUCACAAUUUCCAAAUGACAACAUUCGACAAAUUCACAAACUGUAAAGCCUGCAGGAUGUUGUUAAGAGGAAUCUUUUACCAAGGGUACACUUGUUCCAAAUGUGGGGCUGGAGCCCACAAAGAAUGUCUGGAGACGGCGGCACAAUGCAAGUUAAACACACCAGUCGAUGAUCUGGAUGGAGGGCAACAGCAGACAACAGGUCCUAGAAUGCUUGCGAUCCGUUCCUACCAGGGCAGCCCCCCUCCACCCACUGGAAAACCAGUCCUCAGUUUCCAGACUGGAGAAAUCAUUGAACUACUCAAGGGAGAUCCAGAUUCAACAUGGUGGGAGGGGAGGGUAAUACAAACCAAAAGGUCUGGUUGUUUUCCAAGCUCAUCUGUGAAGCCUUGUCCAGUUGACUGCCGACAUGUUAUUAAAUCAGCUUCAAAAGACCUUGACUACAGCACGUAUCCUUGGUUUGCAGGUAACCUUGAGCGAGGGCAGGCCGAUAAUCUCCUAAAGUCACAUGUCAGCGGGACGUAUCUUAUUCGUGAGCGGACAGCAGAGGCUGAGAGAUUUGCAAUUAGUAUCAGGUUUAAUGAUGAGGUGAAACACAUUAAAGUUGUAGAGAAGGAUAAUUGGAUCCACAUCACUGAGGCCAAGAAGUUUGAGAGUCUGCUGGAGCUGGUAGAAUAUUACCAGACACACUCGCUGAAAGAGAGCUUCAAGCAGCUAGAUACAGCAUUACGCUUUCCAUACAAACAACGGGAUAGGACUGUUCAGCGUUCAAACUCACGGACUCCAGCCUCUUCCUCCUCCUCUUCCUACAACUUUGCUUUCCUUAGUCCUCAGGGCUUCAGUGUUGGGUCUCAGAAUUCUGCUCCUUUCUGGUCAGUGUUCAAUCCUCGACCCAUCGGCAUGGCAAUAGCACGAUAUAAAUUUGCAGCCCGUGACAUGCGAGAGCUCUCACUGCGAGAAGGAGACACAGUGAAGAUCUACAGCAAGAUCGGAGGUGACCAGGGAUGGUGGAAAGGUGAAGCAAAUGGCAAGAUUGGUUGGUUUCCCUCAACGUAUGUUGAUGAGGAAGGAAUGCCAUGACUGGUGGAUGCAAUAUCACCCAUUCUGGAAGAACAUAGCAUGCACAUCUGAUAUCCAAAACCCAGAAAGAGAGUGCUGAUGACAAACAGUCUUUCAUCAUCCUUACUGCUUUUUCUGUUGAGACUUUUCAUAACUUUCAGACUGAUUGCCACGAGUAUCCCAAUGUUGUAUAUAAGUUCCUUUUUCAGAAAAGCCAGUCAGAGUUAGAAAUAAUUUUUAGUAGGGUGUGCAGAGGCAUGUGUGUAUGGAAUUGUGUGUGUGUAUGUUUGUGUGCAUUCCUGGGGGAAAGUGGGGUUUUUUUUAAGGAUGUAUGGGGUAUUGUUGAUGUGUGCCUGUUAGUGUGAGAAUCCUUUCUAAAAUCAUUGUAAUUAUUUUACCAAUGCCACAAUGUAUGUGAAUAUUUUAAGGAAUGUUUUUAGGCUGAUGCCAAUGUAUAUAUUUGGGUUCAUUGUGGGUUGAAUGGAAUUCUAGUUAAAAUUAUCACAGAAUUUGUUUAGGAAUGAAUUGAAAAUGUAAAUUGGUACAAUUUUUUUGCACUGUUAACAUGGUUAAUGCAACUGGUUUGGAGAGAAACUGGGAUAAUCUGAUUCCUGGUAUGCUGCUUGUAGGAAAGAACCAGGGCAUGGAUUUCAGUGCAAGUCACUGACUGGAGUUUUGGGACAGAGAAGCUGAUUGGGCAGAGAUUUGCAACUCAGACUGUAAAUGUUUCACAUAAAACAACAAAUAAAAGCAACUGUUUCUUUUAA